AUGGACGUCGCAUCGCUCUUCAAUGUCAAGGACAAGAUUGUGCUCGUGACCGGCGGCGCCAAGGGCAUCGGCUACAUGAUCUCCGAGGGCUUCGUGGCCAACGGCGCCACCGUCUACGUGUCGUCGCGCGACGCCGCCGCGUGCGAGGCGGCGGCGGCGGCGCUGACGGCCCAGGGCCCCGGCCGCGCCCACGCCAUCCCCGCGGACCUCCAGAAGCUCGACGACUGCCAGCGCCUCGUCGCCGCCCUGUCGUCCCGGACGGCCGGCCGCCUCGACGUCCUCGUCAACAACUCGGGCGCCGCCUGGGGCGACGCCUUCGACACCUACCCCGACGCCGCCUGGACCAAGCUCCUGACCCUCAACCUCCACCGCGUCUUCACCCUGACCCAGCUCGCCGCGCCGCUGCUCGAGGCCGCCGCGGCGCCCGGCGACCCGAGCCGCGUCAUCAACAUUGGCAGCGUCGACGGCCUGCGCGUGCCGCUGGUGAGCAGCUUCGCCUACAGCGCCAGCAAGGCCGGCCUGCACCACCUGUCGCGCGCGCUGGCCCGCGAGCUGGGGCCCCGCGGCGUCACGAGCAACACGCUCGCCUGCGGGCCCUUUGAGAGCAAGAUGAUGAAGGCGACGCUCGACUCGAUGCGCGACACCAUCGAGGCCGAGAUCCCCAUGCGCCGCAUCGGCACGCCGCAGGACGUCGCCGGCGCCUGCCUGUUCCUCAGCGGCCGGGCCGGCGCUUUCGUCACGGGCGCGACCAUCACCGUCGACGGCGGCAUCGUGCUGGCCUCGAAGCUGUAG